AUGUCUUUGCCAACAGCCUUUACACUUAACAACGGUGCCAAAGUGCCUGCUAUGGGUCUGGGCACUUGGUUAUCAGAAGCCAACAACGCUUACAAGGCGGUAUUGGCCGCUCUUAAAGCCGGAUACCGACACAUCGACACUGCCUGGAUUUAUGGCAAUGAAAAGGAAGUCGGUCAAGCUAUUCGCGAUAGCGGUGUGCCAAGAGAAGAAUUAUUCGUUACAACCAAGUUGUGGAAUAACAUGCAUCGACCUGAAAACGUCGAGAAAGCGUUGCAAGAAUCCUUGAAUAAUUUGCAGAUCGGUUACAUUGAUCUGUAUUUAAUGCAUUGGCCUUUUGGUUUCCCUCCUGACAAGGGCUUGGUCAUGCCCGUCGAUGAAAACGGUCGCGCUAUCGUAGACGAUGUCGACUUUGUCGAUACAUUCAAGGCUAUGGAAAAGUUGGUGGGACCUAAGCUUCGUGCAGUCGGUGUCAGCAAUUACACAGUGAAGCAUCUGGAGAAGCUUCUCGCAGCCGGAUGUUCGCCUGCUGCCAAUGAGGUUGAAUUGCAUCCUCUUUUGCCGCAAGAAGAACUCGUCAAAUACUGCCAAGAAAAGAAUAUCCUAGGCAAGUUCAUGAUCGCCUAUUCUCCGCUUGGUAGCAGUCCGAACCCCUACACCGAAUAUGUCGCUCUGGUGGACAAUGAAAAAGUGAAACAAAUUGCCGAAAAGUACAACAAGACACCUGCUCAGAUCUUGUUGUCAUGGGGUAUUCAGCGAGGCACCGCGGUGAUUCCAAAGUCUGUGACUCCUGCUCGCAUUGAGGAAAAUUUUGAGACCGUCAAACUGCAAGACAGCGACUUUGACGCCUUGACCAAUCUCUCGGGUGGCAACUUCUACCGUGUCGUGGAUCCUCAAAAUUUUUGGAAGAUCCCCAAUUUUUAA